AUGAACCGUAGACCCUCGAUGGCUACAGAAAACGUUGCUGCCGCGGCUGAACCUUCGUUACCCCCGAGAAGGCGACCACUACGGACAUAUGGAAAACGAAAGGCGGGCAUAGAACGCGACGCGGACAAGCCUCAGCCGAAGCGAAUCCGGGCCCCGAAACCCGUACCAGCGACGGAGCCUCGAGGCCAUCGAACCAGGAUCGAGUCUCCGUUCGAGGAUUCUUGCAUCUAUGUUCGCACCUCGCCAACUCCAUCGCCAUCCCCGUCGCCAUCCCCGUCACCAUCUCCAUGUUCAUCGCCGGCCAAAAACGCCCCAAAAACCUCUAUAUUACGAUAUUUCAAGAAAACCACAGCCAUCCCCGCCCCUCUCCCCAGUCCGACAAGAUCACAAACAGCCGACGGUUCAGAGCCACCUUCAUCGCCUGUGAUUCCGCCUCCUCCUCCAAGACGAAGCUUGCGCGCUCCCAGACGACUUACCACUCGGCCAGAAAGGAUUAUGGAUGCAAGGGAUGAAAACCCAUCCAAUUCCAUACAUGUAACCAACAAGUCUGCUGAAGCCGCAGACGCGGAUCAUUUUUCUCCUGGUAAUCGUCAAACGGCACUGAAGGAGGACUCCGCAAACUCAAGAAGGACAAAUCCAUGCGGUUGCCAAUGCAAACCCUGUUUACACGAAACUAAGCCGGGCUCUAGGCGGACCAUCAAGUCGCCUUCUAGCACCAUCCAGAUGACACUAAGUCUGUCAGCACGGAGCAGUAGUAUCACACAGUGUCGGGAAUGCGACAUGCUCUACAACCCACUACACCCAAGCGACGUCAAAAAUCACGCAAGGCACCAUGCUGCAUUGGCCAAGAUCAGGGCUCAAGGCUGA